AGGAGUCUGCUUCCUAGGUUUGCAAAGUCCCUUGGUAUUCUUUAUCUCUGACAAGCAAAGACAAGCUUCACCUUGAACGUCUACCAUUCAAAAGCUCUUAGUACACUAUGGAUGGGCCCCAGAGAUGUAAUGGGGAGAAUACUCUCUUGUUUCAAGCUGUUCAGUUGAAUGAUUCCAUAACCCUGAAGACACUGCUUCAAAGAAAAGACCUGGAUCCUUUUGUUAGAGGUAGCAUGGGGGAAACAAUCCUACACACUGCCGUAUUAAAUGGAAAGAAGGAGGUGAUGGAAGUCAUACUAGAACAUGUACCAUCUUUAGUCAACGAGCCAAUGACGUCUGAUAUGUACAGAGGGGAAACUGCUCUUCAUAUAGCUAUUUUAAAACAAGAUGUGGAAAUGGUUAAGCUGAUACUGAAACAUGGAGCAGAUGUUAUGCAUUCUAAAACCUCUUGCACGUGUUGUAUACCUGGACUAGAGUGUCUGUGUAACUUUGGAGAAUUCCCGCUAUCAUUUGCAGCCUGCACAGGAAAUGAAGAAAUUAUAAAACUUCUUAUUGAGCACAAGGCGCCUCUUAAUGCCCAGGACUCCUUUGGUAACACUGUGUUUCACACAUUGGUCCUGCAGGAAAAUAAAGAAAUGGCCUGUCACAUGUAUGACUUGAUUUUAGCCCUUGUGCCACUCAAGGAUUCUCGUUGUAUAGAAGAAGUGGAGAAUGAUGAUGGCUUCACUCCAUUAAAGCUGGCAGCCAAUGAAGGGAACAUUGAAAUGUUCAAAUACCUGGUUAGCAAGCAAAAGAAGAUAUACUGGACUAUAGGAACUAUUUCUUACAACAUUUACGAUUUAACUCACAUUGAUACUUGGAUGACUCAGAAAUCAGUUUUAGAUAUCAUAGCAUCGAGCCAAAAACCCCAGGUUCGGAAACUGGUUGAUGUGUCCCCCAUCAAAGAAUUGCUAAACCAGAAAUGGAAUACGUUUGGCUACAAAAACUUCCUGAUUUGGAUGGUCAGUUAUCUCGUAUACAUGGCUAUCUUCACCACGGUCAGUCUGUUUCGCCCAUUAAAACCGAUAACCGAAGGCCCUACGGAUAACAUAACAGUCAUGACGCAAAAAUCCCUCUCAGAAUCUUAUGAAUGCAAAGAAGAUUUUCUGAGACUGGUGGGAGAGUUAAUUACUCUGUUUGGAGCAGUAAUCAUAUUUGUCAGUGAGAUUCCUUUACUCAUUAAACUUGGUCCUAAGAAAUAUAUUGGCAACGCAUCUACCGGGGGUCCCUUCUCCUUACUAAUGGUGGCAUAUUCCGUGCUCAUAUUCUCUGCAGCGGUGUUGAGAGCGCUCGGAGAUGAGGGAGAAGCCAUUCCGCUCUCUCUUGCCUUGAUAAUUGGAUGGUGCAAUUCAAUCUACUUUGCCAGAGGAUUUAAAAUGCUGGGCCAGUUUUCAAUAAUGAUUCAGAAGAUCAUUUUUGCAGAUCUUUUGUGCUGGUUUUGCUUAGUGUUCAUUAUUAUUAUUGGCUUUAGCUCAGCAUUUUAUGUCAUGUGUCAGACUCUGGAGCUGGACAGUGAUUCGUACCUAAAAGACUUUUCCCUGACAUUGUAUGCUGCGAUUGAGAUGAUGAUGGGGCUGACUGAUUUGCCUCUGCCUAUGGAUGCCUCCACACCUUUGAUCUAUAUUAUAUAUUCCAUAUAUAUGGUGUUUGUGUACCUUCUAUUGCUAAACAUGCUGAUAGCAAUGAUGGAUAAUACAUACUGGCGAAUAGCACAUGAGAGAGAAGAAUUAUGGAAAAUACAGAUAGCUGCUACCAUUCUCGUUCUUGAACGUCAUGUUCCAAGGUUCCUUAAAGUACGCACUGGGAUUCCAGGGAGCUCCUUGGGUCUGGAUGAUGGCAAGUGGUAUAUUGGGGUUGAAGAAAUAUUGAAGGAAAACAGCACUGAAAAUAUUAAGGGCUCGACUGCUUUAUCCAAUCAACCCAUUGUUUGCUGGAAUUUGAUCCGAAAAAACAUUUCAAGAAUUAGCAGUACGAGUGACUUUACAGAAUCCACCUCAUUAUAGAAUCUUGACCUAACGUUUCAUGAUAAUGGGAUUUGGUUAAGAAAUACAGAGUUGUGCAAAAUCUGUUCAUAAACGCAUUUAACA